AUGAUGGGACCAGGCAGACCAGCUUCAACUUGUGUUAAUCACGCGUCUAGUGUCCAACUAGAUGGGAAGAGUGACCCCUGGAGACCUCAGACCCAGAACCAGCUGCAAUUUAAUAAGAAUGUUCCUACACAGUCAAGCAACUUGGCAAUCCGGUAUUCUUACCCACAUGCAAUUAAAAUAGAAAAACUGAAGCACUCGCACACUGAGUCAGACCACUAUAAAGAUUUGGAUUUUGGAGAUGGUCCUGCUCUAAGCAGUUCUGUUUCAUUUUCUGUCGUAUCAGAAGAGAGACUUAGCUAUGCUGUCCACCUCGCCAAAAGAGAUAUUAAACGAAGACACUUUGAAGAACAUGUAAAAAAAUAUCAUCUCACAAGUCAAUCCCAAAUCUCUCAGAAAUGUGGAUGCACCAAGCAUACGAAAUCUGACCUUGGGCUGGAAAGGAAGGAAAUGAAAGAAGCUUUUCAUUGCAGCCACCAGCCACCCAAAGUAGAAAUUUCCAGCUCAGGUGCCAAGGUAUACGUAUACACAUCUCAUGCAGGACAAUCAGAUUUGACCAUGCCAAAUUCGCCACCCACCCAUGACCCAGGACUGCGACCUCAUGGCAGGUCAGGUGACCACAAAAGCCUAUGCGAACACAGAAGCCUGCUAGAAGUUCAGCGACUCCAGAAAAUAUUGAGCAAUUGUAUUCAUAAAAUCGAAGAAGUAACAAAAGAUAAAAUGGAAGAAGCUUUGGAUCCAGAUGAAGAACGGCGAAUCCGGGUCAGGAGGCAGGAGCAGACGGUUCGCUCUGCCCGGACGCUCUACGUCCUCCAGCAGCAGGUUAGAGAAAUCCAGGAAGAAUUGGAUAAAUUGAGUCCACAUAAUAUUAAACACACUAAGAAGUCACGGGCAAUGUCCAGGCUGGCAUCUGCCUAUCGAGGAGCCAUUCGGGCCUUACAGGUGUUUGUCACUCAGUUUACUGACCGAGGGGAGCACCCAGUUCCUGCUCAGUACAGGGAACUGGGCAGUCUUAUCCGCCAGCUCUCACUCUGUUCUGCCAAAAUGGAUGCUGAUUCUUCCGUUUCUGAUGUGGUGAUAGAUAUCCUGCAACAAAUUGAGGCUUUGGAAUCCCUCUUGGAAAAGAAACUGUCACCACAAAAGAUGAAGAAAAAUAUUACUGAAAUUAGCAGCAGAUUUCCUGUUGAUAGCCCACGGCCCUUGGAGAGAUGGCAGAGUGCAUUGCCAAAGAGCGAGAGGAGACCCUGUGUAACAAAGAAGAUACUUCCAAAGGAAACAAGACAGCCUUCAGUGGCAAAGAAGGUUCUUGCUGAUAAAUAUCCACCUGAGGAAGAGCUUCCGCGGACCCCGGGGUCGGAGAAGGAUCUUGAUGCAUUAGUUGGGGAUCUCCUUCCAGUGGAAGCUCUGACUGUUCCAGACCAAAAUGCAAGCUUCAAAGAAGAACCAUUAGCCCCGGCAAAAACCAAAGGAGAAGGGAAGAGGCCUGUGACUGACAUUGUGAAGAAAGAGGCUCUGGCACCAGCAAGAUCCCAGCAAGGACUUCACAAAGCUGAAAAAAGUAGACCAACCCAAUCUCAGGGCAAAAGCAGGUUGCAUCAGACAACAGUUUCAUCCAGAUUAAAAAUAAACCAACAGCCUGUGAAAGACAGUAGGGCUCCUUGGAUACCUCCAAACCCCACGUCCCCACAAGCGUCUCCUAAAUGUGCUGCAUGGCUGAAGGUGAAACCUAGCCCCAAAGAUGCCACGAAAGAGCAGUCUGUCGAGCAAGAAGGUGCUCAAGAGGAAAGUCAGUUGGGAGAAGCUGUUGAGCAUGAAGCAGUUAGACUCGCUUGGCUUGAUGCAGAAACUUCCAAAAGAUUGAAGGAACUCGAAGAAUUAAAAGCUGAGGAAAUGGACAAAAUGCAAAAUCAGAGUGUUUCUGCUACCCAGUUAGCAGACAAGGUAGAGAAGACAGUCCUGGAGCGUUUGAAGCCUCUGCUGGCGCAGGCUCAGGCUACUGCUCUGGAUUGUAAAUCCAACAGCAGUCCUCAGCUGGACGAUAUUUUGGAAGAUACCACUCGUGAGCCCCGAGCUAUGACUCCUAAGAUAUUGGAGCCUGACGCCUUAGCCACCUCGGGGGACAGCCUGUAUCUGGAGAACAUGCUGCUCCGAAUGGAGGAAAUGGAAAAAUACCAGGAGACAGUUCGCCAAAGAUAUAAUAAAAUUGUAUAUACGGAUCCUCAACUUUGGAUGCAGGAAGAAAAAAAUGACCAAAAACUUGCAGCAGUAGGUGAAGGACCCCUUUCUCCUCAUCCAAUCAGGAUCACAAAGACAGUAGCCAGCAAGGACCCAGACGUGCACAUCGUGUUGGAAAGGCCCUGGAAUGACAAUUCCCUGGAUGAAAGUGGGGGACCAGAGGAGAAAUCGGAGAAAAGAGAGGCUCCCCUCCUCUUUCCUUCAGAAGAUUCUGAGCAGAGAAAGGAUCGGAUUGCCCUCCUGGUCCCCCCCGGGAUGCGACGCAGCAUCGGAGACUACUGCAGCCGCUACGACCAGUACCUCCGGAUGGUCUCCCAUGAGGCCGUGGGCUCCUUCAAUCCAUGGCUCAUUGCUGAAAGCUUUUCAGAGGAGCUGGUGGACGAGGCGCUGGGGUCCGUGACUGCUGAACUCGGGGACUUGUGUGAAGGUUACGCGGAAGCUGUGUUCACCUCGGAAUUCCUAGAGGCUGCCACCUGA